CUAUAAAUAGGAGGGAUGAAGCCAGCAGAGAUCAGACUCUCUCUACAGAGACCUCUACAGCACACACAUCCAGACAUGGCACCUACAAUCACUGCAGCAAUGACCAACUCUCAGGAGCAUCUGACUCUGACUCACAAGCUCAGAAAGCCUCUGGUGGAGAAGUUACGCAGAGAGCGAAUCAACAGCAGCAUUGAGCAGCUCAAGUCUCUCCUGGGUCCAGAGUUCCUCAAACAGCAGCCAGACUCCAAGCUGGAGAAAGCAGACAUCCUGGAGAUGACAGUUUGCUUCCUGACACAGCUGCAGCAGCAGAGUCAACAGCAGAGAAGACUGCUGAACCACUUCAACAGGCUGCAGUCCUCCUCUGAUAAGAACCUAAGAGAGGCUGACUUCUCUCCUCUGAGCUCCUCAGUCCAGACCAGCAUCAUCAAAGACAAGAGUCCAGUCAACAGUGCCCUCUGGAGGCCAUGGUAGACACCUACAGACUGGAGUCACUACCAGACAAACUGAGAUGACCAUGUUGGUCAAAGAUUACUGAACUGAAUUCUAUGAAAUUGAAGGACUUGUUCUUCUGUAGAAACAGAAGGUUGUAUUUUCUGUGUUUUUCCUGAGGAAAUGACACAACACUAUCUUUCAAGUUAAGAAAGAAAACAUCUUGUCAUGCAUGUUGCAUGAAUCAAAUCUGAUUGCAUUAGCAAUUAUUAUUAUACCUCACUGUACUUCAAGUGAUGGUAGUGUAUAAAUCUAUGGUAACAUCUGUUAUCUUUUGGUUGGUAUUGAUCAUUAUGAUAAAAUAUCUAAAUGUCCUUUAUUAUGGACAUAUUGUCAUAAUGGAUUUUAUAUCACUUUAAUCUCUGUGAUUAUUUAAAACUGAUCUGUUGUAAGAUCCAAAUGUUUAUGCUUUUUUUUUAAGUUUUACUAAAUGUCACAGUUUCUCUG